AUGCCGCCUCCCCCUCGCAAGCGCACUCGCAAAUGGCCCUCCGCUUCUGCUGGCGACCCCGACGCACGCCAGACAUCCACGACGCGCUCGGAGAAGGGAUCGAGGGACACCGACGCGCCGGAUUCGACGACACAGGGCCGCUCGGGAGGAGGAGGAAGCGAGGGGUCCACUCAGCGGGAGGACGGGAAGACUCGCAGGGGGUGGGAGAGUGACACGGAGGAGGACGAGGAAGACGAUCACCAGCAGGAGCCUAUCGACGGCGACGAGCUCGACGAGACCGUUGGAGAUGACGAAGACGACGGGGCGGAUGCGGACGCGACGGGAGAGUGGAUGGACAAGUAUUGCCGCGAAUUCGUGGAGGAGCACCACGAGCGUGUCAUCAAGGGCCGGUACGUCGAGAUCUUCAGGCGAUACAAGAAGCUGGAGAGCUUGCGGAACGCAGACUACUGGCGUCCUGUCGACGACCUCGAGGACGACUUGGAGAAGUCGGGACCGUGGGACUCGCCGUCUGCCGACCCUCUCUUCCUCCAGAAAGUCUCGCUCAAACUGGGUGAGGAGGUGCUCGAAAUCGAGCGCGGCGGAAUCGCGUUGUUCUUCGCGAUGCUGACGGGACCUCAUCUCGAAAAGGCUCUCGGAGGGUUGCUCGCCCUCGAGGCCGACGACGACUACCUCUCCUUCCGCCUCGACUGGGCGCAAAUCGUCACGCCCGUUCCGAUGAAGGACUGCAAGACUUCCGGGAUUUACGUCUUUGCGCGGGACCACCGCGCGACCGGACCGUACGUCGGCUUCACGACGCAGUGGGGCUGGGCUCGCUACCUCCAGCACGUACUCUGCCCUGUCAACCGGAAGUGCGCUGCCGAACGCAAGCUCGCCGCCUUCCCUCAAUGGUCGGCUUUCAUGGCGUGGCUCUCGCCCGAGGACGUCAAGCUCGACAUCCCCAAGCUUUUCCUCAUGUGGUUGGAGCACAUCCUAAUCACGUGCGUCGAUGCGACCGUCGCCGGCCUGAACAUCCGCCCCUUCGAUUCGUACGGAACCGUUCGCAAGGCUACGCCUCGUCAGGUCCUCGACUUCUUUCACGCCGUGAUCGACCUGUCCUACCCGCUCGGAGAGGAUGGCGAGCGAAAGAUCGAGGGCAACAUCCUCACCCAGCGGUUCUUCGAGUAUCACCACGACGCCUUUCACGCCAUCACCGGCCUCAGUCCAAUCCAGCACUACAACAUCAUGCGCGGUCGCUCCUGCCAGUGGGUCCUCGCCGACGCCUUCGCCGACAUAGACCCGCCUGCGGCCCUCUGGGGCGGCGAGAUUCCCUUCUACUGGGGGUCGCCUACCGCGCGCAUUGCGAAGGAGAAGGCGCUCGUCAAGGACCGCAACACGCUGAAGGCGCUCCCCGGCUACGAGAAAGUGCAGGCGCGGGACAAGGCCGGAUACGACAAGCAAGUUCGCAAGAAGGCUGACGCUGCCAAGAAGGAGGCUGCCGGCGGAUCGCUGCCCAAGCCGAAGCGCAAGCCACCGAAGAUCCUGCCACCGACGUCGAACUGGCAAGCCGUGCUUUGGGGUUCUAAGUAG